AUGCAUCAACUAGACUUCUCCUCCAGCGACUUGUCCAACCUCGCUGGCCAAACAGUGAUUGUUACUGGUGCCGGUAGAGGUAUUGGAGCUUCUACAGCAGCCUUGUUCAACUCGAACGGCGCCAAUGUGGUUCUGGUAGACCUACCUUCCGCGAAAGACACGGCCGAGUCUUUGAUCAAGUCCUUUCAACAUCCGGAAAAAAGCCUUUUCGUCCCCGCCAACAUCCUCGUCUGGGAGGCCCUUGUGACUGUGUUCAAAAUAGCGCUGCAGAGGUUUUCCAAGGUCGAUGUGGUCGUGGCCAACGCCGCCAUCAUGGAGAGCAAGCCGGUGCUUCAUGUGGAGGUUGACGAAGCUGGCGAUCCUGUCGAGUCUCUCGAGGCCAACCGGGUGAUUGACGUGAACCUCAAGGGAACAUUGAACACGCUGAGGCUGGGCCUUCACUACCUCGGUCAGAACAAGCCAUCUUCCACUGGCUUUCGUGGUUCCAUUGUUUUUGUCACCUCGACCUCUGGUUACUUUGGGUCGACUGGGAACGCUGCAUACAUUUCUUCCAAGCAUGGCGUUGUUGGAUUGCUCAGGGCGUCUCUCCGGAAAGCGGCAUCUCUGGGGAUCAACCUCAACAGCGUGGUUCCGUCUUACACGCCUACUCACCUCACCGCGGGCUUUGGACAGAGUAUCACCAACGCCGGCCUUAACGUCAACACCUUGGAAGGGGUCGCAUCAGUUGCCGUGAAUCUGGCAAGCGACCAAAGCGCCCAUGGCGUUGCAUGUCUAGUCUGGGGGCAUUAUCACCGCGAGCUAGAACGCACACAGCAGGACUUGCUGGGCAAUUGGCUCGGCGACGAUUUGGUGGCGUCCAUGACCAAAUUUGGGCAGCUGAUGGAUUCCAUGGGCGGCUAUCCACUUCCACAAAACAAAGACCAAGAUGAUGUUUGGGCGUCUCGGUGUCGACAGUCUAAUAUUGAGCUAAUUACAUGA